ACACAGCCUCAGCUGUAAUCAACUCCUUUCUCUUUUUCCUCUUCGUUUUUGUCUAUUUUAACCACACCCUGGACUCGGCAGCCUUUUAGCCGAAUAAGUUGUCAGGUGAAGGAAUGAGGCUCCUGUACAAAAACCGGACUUCCGGGUAAAACAUUAAGGUGAAAUGAUAACUUUUUCGACACCGAAUCGCUUGGACAUGGUCGGUAAGGAGGCGGACGCAGGAGACGCGGUGUCCAAAUCCGACAGAGACCAGAGCUGGAUUGCGACUGCAAUCAAGAAAAGAGUGUGUACGACGUUUGUGGAGGAUUCCUUCAGCAAUGGUCGCCUGUGUCAGUGUGGGAGUCCAAGGGACAACCAUGCCUCAGUCACUCUGAAUGAUUACUUUAGCACAGCUAUUGUCAGUCACUGGGAUCGUUCUCAGCACACAUCAGAGUUUCCCACGGAUGCUUUUGGAGAGGUGGAGUUUGCAGGCGCAAGCAAGAGGCACAGCUAUUUUCUGCGUCUUUCCUGGGAUACUCCCCCGUCUACCAUUUAUUCCAUCUUGAUCAAUGACUGGGGCCUGCCACCUCCAAACCUGGUGGUGUCUGUGGCUGGUGGUGUGGGGAAGUCUAAGGUUAAGCCCUGGGUGCGAGAGGUUCUAAGGCAGGGAUUGGUCAGAGCAGCCCAGAGUACAGGAGCAUGGAUCUUAGCAGAAGGACUGCGGGAGGGUGUUGGCAGGUAUCUAGGGGAGGCUGUGAGGGAUCAUGCGCUGGCUGCCUCCUCAGAUUCCCUCUCUAAAGUAGUGUCUGUAGGCAUAGCUCCAUGGGGUUUGGUAUGCAACCGAGAACAACUAAUCAACCCUGAGGGCAGCUUUCCUGCCGUGUACUACGUUCCAAACACAUCCCGAGACACCUGCUUUCUGGAUAACAACUACCAAGCAUUUCUCCUUGUGGAUGAUGGAAGUGUUGGCCAAAGAGGUGUGGAGGCUGGUUUCAGAGCCAGCCUAGAGGACUACAUUUCCAACCAGCACACAGGAAAAUGGGGAAGCGAAACCAUGGACAUCCCUGUGUUGUGUGUGCUGGUGUCAGGAGAGACUUACAUGCUUGAGAGAAUACUUCUCUCCUUGAAGAAGUCCAUCCCCUGGUUGGUCCUGGCAGGCUCUGGGGGACUGGCUGACUUGAUAAGUGACAUCCUGGACAAUGUAUCUGCUGCACCAAGCCUGGCAGGGGCAGAAGGCGAGGGAGAAGCAGCUACAAAAAUGGAUCUCGGGGGCAAAGUAAUGGAGAAAGUGAUGAAACACUUUCCCUCUGAACAGGACACUGACAAACUCAUUGACAAGGUUUUGAGUAUUUGCCAGAGCAAAGACCUGAUCUCAAUCCAUCAUGAAGAUCAUGAAGGCUUGGAUGACUUUGAUACUGUGCUGCUGAAGGCUCUAGUCAGGGCUAACAAGCAGCGCCUUUCCACUGAUACGGUCCCCAGUACCGAGGAGCUGAGGCUGGCUGUGACAUGGAACAGAGUGGACAUUGCCAAGAGUGAGCUCUUCACUGGAAACAUCCAGUGGAAGAGUGACGACUUGGAAUGCUUCAUGACCGAUGCGCUUGUGAACAACAAGCCCCAAUUUGUCCGUCUGUUUACUGAAAACGGGCUGAACAUUGUGGAUUAUCUUACAUAUGGCCGCCUGGAGGAGCUGUAUCGCUCAAUUUCGGAGGGCUGUCUGGCCUACACGCUGCUCCAGCGUUACCUUGCAGAACGUCUGGGUACGAUCAGUCUUGGCACUUCUCGCUCUGUUGCCAGUUUUGCUAACCAGACCUCCAGCCCAGUUAAACAACUGACACUUUAUGAGGUGUCUCGGGUCCUACAGUACUUGCUAGAUGAUGUGUGUCAGCCAUUCUAUUAUAAACUCCUGGGUCUGGUUGGUAUUGCUUCCAAACGGAAAAUCAUCAAGAAACUGGCUACAGUUUUGCAAGAAGAUGCAGAAUAUCAGAGGCGUAAAUGUUCUCACCCGUGGGCUUCACUCUUCAUCUGGGCCGUGCUGCAGAACCGCAGCGAGAUGGCUGUCUACUUCUGGGAAAUGACCUCGGAGUCGGUGUUGAGUGCUCUGAGCGCUUGUAAGCUGCUGAGAGCUCUUUCUAGAUUAGAGACCGAGACUGAGACGACACUCUCCAUGAAGGAACUGGCUCAGAGAUUUGAGAACUUGGCCCAUGAUAUAUUCAGUAAAUGCUACGAGAGCAGCGAGAAUCGCUCCUUCAUUCUGCUGAAGAAGAAAUCGGAGGUCUGGGAGGGCACUACAUGUCUGAGGAUGGCCAUGAAGGCAGAUGCUCGUCUCUUCUUUAGUCAUGAUGGCGUGCAGAGUCUGCUGUCUCAGAUCUGGUGGGGGGAUAUGGACAGGAGCACUGAGGUAUGGAAGCUCAUCCUCACGCUGUUUAUCCCUCCUCUCUGCUACACCAACCUUAUCUCUUUCAGAGAGGUGCAUGAUGAAGAUGAGAAGUCUGAGAAAGUCUCGCAGCAAAAAGACAUUGACUGGCUCUAUGCAGAAACGGUUUACUCUUUCUCAGACAUCAAACGCAUUCAGGCAAAAUCAGAAGAUUCAGGUCCUGUUAGACGAAGCAUAAAAGGGUUCCCAGUCAGGCCAGUCUAUCCCAAGUUGCCUUUUGUAUGUUCACGCUGGAAACAGUUCUGGUACACACCAGUCACUGCCUUCCUUGGCAACGUGGUGAUGUACUUCCUCUUCCUGCUUCUGUUUGCUUAUGUUCUAUUGAUGGACUUCAAGCCUCCACCCCCAGAUGGCCCAUGCUACUGGGAGCUCCUGCUGUAUUUUUGGGUGUUCACCAUGGUGUGCGAGGAGAUUCGAGAGAUGUGCUGUGUGGGCAGCAUGACCUGUAAGCAGAGGAUACGACAGUAUGCUCAGGAUGUGUGGCACAAAUUUGACCUCAUUGCCAUUACCCUCUUCCUUCUUGGCAUAUGUUGCAGGAUGUUCCAAGAAACAUUUUGGUUUGGCCGUGCAGCCUUGUGUCUCGACUACAUGGUGUUCACCCUCAGACUUAUCCACAUCUUUGCCAUUCAUAAGCAACUUGGACCAAAAAUAAUCAUAGUGGGCAAAAUGAUGAAAGAUAUCUUCUUCUUUCUGUUCUUCCUUGCUGUGUGGAUGUUAGCAUAUGGCGUGGCCAAUCAGGCUCUGAUCUACACCUACGACUCAAGUGCUGAUAGGAUACUUCGCCGUGUAUUCUACAGGCCAUAUUUACACAUAUUUGGACAAAUUCCUGUGAAUGAAAUAGAUUCUGGAUUUAGUUGGGAUGUACAUUGCACGAAUAAUACAACACUAGUUAACUCAACUACAGAACCAUGUAGAGAAGCACAUCAUAACUGGCUUGUGGUCAUCUUACUUGUCAUCUACCUUCUGGUCACCAACAUCCUGCUCAUUAAUCUACUGAUUGCCAUGUUCAGUUACACCUUUACCAAGGUGCAAGAUCGGAGUGACACCCACUGGAAGUUCCAGCGCUACAACGUUAUUGUGGGGUAUCAUUCUCGGCCUUGCCUUGCUCCACCCUUCAUCAUCAUUUCUCACUUGCACCUCCUCAUCAAGCGGAACAUCCGCAAGGUGCCUUCUGAGAAGGUGCACCAAUUUGCUGUGGACUUGAAUUGUAAAGCUAACAACCGACUAAUGACAUGGGAGAACAUGCAGAAGGAGAACUUCUUAUCUGCUGAGGGAAAGAAGCUAAGAGGAAGUGAUGCGGAGAGGCUAAAGCGCAUUUCUGUCAAAGUGGAUGGUGUUCUCAAGCAGACAGCUGAGAUCAGGGAUUUGGAUCGCAGAUUAAGAGCCCUAGAGUCUGAGAUGGAAUUCUGUUCAUCUACGCUUCUGUGGAUGGCUGAGGCGCUCUCUCGGAGCAGUGUGCUCAAAUCCACUAAGCCUCCUCCUACCCGUAAAGUAAACCCAUCCACACCAGAGAUAUGAGAAUGGUCCGGUCAUCUUCAUCUCUUCUGUCCCCUUUCUCUUCGUCUCCCACACAGUGAUGUACAAGGCAGUGUAUUCCUGUCAUACAGUAUAUUUUAUAAACAUCAGCCAUGUUUGUCCUUUUCCUUGCAUCUGUGUUUAUUGUUCCAAAGGAAAAGGGAAGAAUGCAGAGUAAGAGAAUUGAGUCAAACUUGGACAAGAGGAUGGCAAAAUAAGUUUGAUUGUGUAUACAUUGUUCAUUUUUUUAAACGAUAAGAAUGCUGCCUUUCUCCAAACCUAUGUUUAUAUAGACAGAUGUUUUAACAAUACAUUAAGACUCUGCUCUUCAUUCAGACCACCCUUAAUAAACGAGAGACUUGCUUCUUACUACAGGGUUGGUCAAAAUUAUGUUAACAAUAAUGGAUUAUUUUUCUCCUAAAUGUGUGGUGCGCCGUGACUGCUGCUGGCAUAAUUGGGCCCUACUUUUUUGACACCCCAACAGUGAUGUCAGACGUCUACUUACAGAUGGUGCAGCAGCACACCGUUGAUGAACUUCCACUACAGAUCCAAUUGGUUUUUACCAUUUAAGUGUUAACAUAAUUUUGACUAACCUUGUUAUAAAUAGUCUUGCUAUAUUUUAUGGGUUAUAUUUUGGGUCUUGUUUUUAAUGGGUUUUUCGGGGUCUAUGAUGUAUAAUAACUAAUUGUGUAAUAAAUAUUAACCAUA